AUGCAAGAACAAAUAAAAUAUUUUAAGAGUCUCAGAUCUGUUCGUGAACGUUCAAAUAACGUUUAUGAAAAAGCAAAAACAAAUUCUCUAAAUCAUUUUCAGGUAGAUUUCUCGAAACUUCAAGAAGCGGUCACUCAAGUAAUCUCAUUAAUUAAACGAGAUUAUAAGCAAAUCAGCGAUAUUCCACCACACGGUCGUUGGCGUCAUUUUGACGUUGGAGGACAUACUCGUGUUCAAACACUUAUAAAUGAAUGGAAAUCUGAUUGUGAUAAAUUGGAAAUAACUCGUAGACUUUUAGAUUUGUUUGUAGUUUCCGUUUUAUUAGAUGCUGGCGCUGGAAAUGCGUGGUCCUAUAAAGAACAAAAAACCGGAUAUGUUUAUAAUCGAUCCGAAGGAUUGGCAAUAGCAUCAUUAGAUAUGUUUAAAUCUGGAACCUUUUCAUCUUUAGAUUCUCAACUGCAUCAAGUUGAUGCGGAUAAACUUGAAAGAAUUAGUGUGGCAGAUGUUCGCCUGGCAUUUCAAGUUAGUGAUAAUAAUCCUUUAGAGGGACUUGAAGGGCGUGCUAAUUUGCUUAGUCGUUUGGGUCAUGCUUUGAAAAGCCACUCUAUAUAUUUCAAAAGUAAAGAUAAUUCGCCACCAAGACCUGGUAACCUCUUAGAUUAUUUACUGUCAAAUUCUACUACCAAUGAGAUUGGAACCUCUGUAAAGCUUGAUACGUUGUGGUCGGUUAUAGUUUAUGGACUUUCGGAUAUUUGGCCACCCACAAGAACUUCUCUAGAAGGCGUAUCAUUAGGAGAUGUUUGGCCAUGUGAAGUGCUUAAAUCACCAAACGCUAGUCCAGAUUCCACUGAUCAUUUCGUAACAUUUCAUAAACUUUCUCAAUGGCUUACAUAUUCUCUCAUUGAACCAAUGACAAAGAUAUUAGGAAUUACAUUUGAAGGAGUUGAACAGAUGACCGGAUUACCGGAGUAUCGAAACGGUGGCUUAUUUGUAGAUAUUGGUGUACUAACUCUGAAACAAUCGGACGUUGAACGUGGUAUAAAAUAUUAUAAACAAAACUUUUUGCCAUCUGGUGUUCAAUCCGAAACAGAAAUCGUACCAAUGUUUGAAGCUGAUGACUCGGUAGUAAUUGAAUGGCGUGCCAUGACGGUUAUUUUGUUAGAUAAAGUUGGAGAUGAAGUUAGAAAUGCACUCGGAUUAUCAAAGGAGCAACUUUCUUUAGCUCAAGUGCUUGAAGCUGGAACUUGGAAGGCCGGUCGCGAAAUUGCAGCUUCUUUGCGUCCUAUUACUCGUGGACCACCGAUUGCUAUUAAGUCUGAUGGAACGGUUUUUUAA